CUCUGUUUAUGUUACUGUGAUUGUAGUGUUUCUGAUAUUUAUGUCUUAGUUUUUAACAGUUUUAAUCACAUUUUAUGUAAAGAAACGUAUUUUCUUUUUUCAAUGACUGUCAUUUUAUAAUAGUUAUAUAGAAUCUGUAAACAUCUCAUCAUGGAGGUUACAACUAAGUUUGUAGCAAUACCUACGUUUGUAAAUCCUCACUUAUUUUGGAUAAUAGAACCCAAUAGUGAUAAAAGAAAUGAAACCUUAAACCGUAUUAAUAAACUUUUGCAAGAUGAAUGUACAAAACGUGAACCAACAUUAAAUGAUUCUUCUGAAAUUGGAGAAAUAGUUGCAGUUUCUUUGGAUGGCAAGUUAUAUAGAGCUGUCAUAGAAUAUAUACCUAAUUCAGAAACCCAAGAAAAAAAUAAUUUAGAUUUUUUAUGCUGGUUAAUAGACUAUGGAAUUAUGUGCAGAACAGAUGUAAUUUACAAAUUGCCAGGCCCUCUAAGGAAAGUGGCUCCAUUAGCUUUGCAAGCUUCUUUAAAUAAUGUGGCAUAUGUAAAACAGAAUUUAACUUUUGAUUAUAAAUCGGGUAUGGCUAUGAAAACUAACGAGCGUGUCUUACCACAUUCAUCUGUGGCUCAUCAAGUUUCAUUAGAAUUGAUGUUGAAUUUAAGUGAUCUACAAUUUAAAGUUGAAAAUAAAGUCGAUGGUAUUUUUGUUGGUGACAUUUUAUACAGAGAAAAUCAGGAAUUAAAGUCAUUACGUCAAGCUUUAAUUGAUAAGGGGAUUCUCAUAAUCGAAGAAACAGUAUUUAAAGAAAUUAUGGAUAAUAUAUAUAGUUAUAAAGAAGCUCAUCUGUGGCUGCUAGCUCAGAUAUGUAAAAAAUUAAAUUCUGUUCAAUUUUUGAAGGGCACAGAAAGCACACCUUGGUUUGAAAAAAUGAUUUCCAAAUAUUUGUUGGAAUUUAAAAACAAUGAUUUAUUUGACGAUGAUUUACCAAGGCCCUUUUUUAAUAGAAGAAGUAGGUCAAGAAAUUCUGCAAAUGAUUCCCAAAAUUCCAUUAAUUCGGGAAAUGAAAGUAUGUCAGAUAUUGAAGUACCUAGUAAAUCUGAAGGUUCAGAUAGUUCUAAAGAUAAAAGCCCUAUGAAUACUCGUUUGAAGACUCUUCUUGAAAAAAUGAAAAAGCAGAAACAUGGCGAAAAAGUAGAACGUAUUUCGUCUAGCUAUAAACUAAAUAACAGUUCUAGCAGUCUUGGAACAGACGAUGAUUGCAGUAGUCCUUUGAAAAAACAACCACUGACAGAAGGUUCUCCAGUUGCCGAAGAAAAAAAGGAACACUUUGUUGAUAAAGAGGGAGAUGUUGCUCUGUCAAAUUCAGAUAAUGAAUGUAUAAAUCACCCCACAAACUCUGUGGUAAGGAAAAGAGUUGUUUCAAGUAAUGCAGUGUUUGUACCAGGAGGUGCCACUUUUACUUUAUUAAAUAAGAAGAAAACUGCAAAACAGACGCCUAAAGACUUAACUGCUUCUAUUCCUAAGAUUUCUUCUGAUGAAGAUCUGAGUGACUGUAAAACAAAGAACGUUGUAAAUGAACAUGUUAGGGAGGAAAGUAGUCCUGGUGAUGACACGUCGACAACUGAGGAAAUUAAGACUCAUCUUAAUGAUGUGGGAAAUAAUCGCGUAAACCAACUACAAAUAAAACCUUUCUGUACCUGUAAGCAGUGUGAUCAUUGGACUAACGAUAACGACUGGUCGGUAGAUACAAAAUUUUUAAAUGAAUCUAAGGAGUCAAAGCAUUUGUGUAUCAACAAGCCACAGACUUUAUUUAUAAAAGAUGGAAAUCAAAAUUUGGCAGACGAUCGAACAAUCAUUUCGUUGAACUACUCGUCCAAGACAAAGUUGCAAAAACAAUCCAUGCUUAAAUUGCUGGUCCACGGAGAAUAUUCACAAGCUCCAGUGAGGUCGCUGUCCGAAGUUUGCUUUCAUGAGGGCAUCCGAAAUAGUUUGCAUCAAUUGAAGUACAGGGAAGCAAAACGUAUUCAGAUAUACACGUGGCCAGCUAUUUUUCGUCAGCAGCACGUUGUUAUGGUGAAUGGUCCACAGACCGGUAAAACGAUAGCAUACCUUCCGGUAAUCCUAACAUUUUUAUUGGAAAAAAACGAAAGAUAUCGGCAAUUCAUGUCCAAGACCAAUGGACCCAUCGCUAUAGUACUUUGUGCUAAUACUAAAAAGUGUGAGGAAGUAUACGAUCUGAGUAAAACGUUACUAGGAGGGAAUAGGUUGAAGGUUUCUUUAAUCACAUAUCCUCUUUCACAUGUCAAUACGAAAUACACAGAUAUGUUAGUAACUACGCCGACAAUUCUUGUAGAUUUGUUGAAGCAGAAUGCGAUCAAUUUCAAAAGACUGUGUCACUUAAUUUUAGAAGACGGAGACGCAAUCCUCAAGCUAGAACCUGAGAUAAUGAACGGUAUCUUUGAUUUAACUCAAAGCAUGUUAUCUAACCGUAUACAUCCAAAACCGGUUCAGUUAAUAAUCUGCGCAGAACACUGGGACCUACGUUUAGAAAAUCUAAUCCGCAGACUAAACAAAAUACCACUGAUAUGCAUCGGAAACUAUUUAGAGGCUGCGUUGUAUGGGAAAAUUCAGUUCUCUAUGAAAUUCGUUAAUUCAGCUUGUAAAGAGCAUGAAUUAAAAAGUUUACUCAAAGACACGUUUAGGAUUUGUAAAUCUAUAAUAUUGUGUAAGGAAGAAGAAAUAGAGGAAAUUCAAACAAUUCUAAUGCUGAAAGGUAUCGACGCUACCGUUGUAUCAGAGCAUAUGAGUAAGGAAGAUAUUUUGUACUUGGAACAAGUUUGGACCCAAUGUAAAGGUGGUGAAUAUACAGGCCCAUUUCAGAAAGGUCCAAUUCUUGGAAGACCUUCGAGUGGUAGAAGGCAUGAGUUGGAAGAAGCUAUUCUACAUGAAAUUGAAGAGGACCCAAAUACUAGUAUUAGGAAGAUCGCUGCAAAUCAUAAUAUAAGGAUGAAAUGCCAGAGUGUCGUACUAUGCGAUGAAAAAUGUGAGGAGCAUAUGCCCAAGUUCUUUAAUUUUAUUAAUAGUACGGAACUGCAAAAUCAAAUGUCCGAUAAAUUUAAAAAUUUUUCUCAGGGUUUAAAACAUUUGGAAGAAGAGAAGAAAUUAAAGAACGAAAUAGGUUUAUGCGAGACAUUAAAAUUGUUUGGAAUUUGUUCUGUUACACACUGCCCAUGGCGACACAUCGUCAAUAAAGACGUGGAUAUAUCUGACUACUUACCCCAAUCAGGAAAGAUUAAAUUUAAAAUUGUUCGUAUACACGAUGUGACAAAUUAUUCCGUACAAUUGAUUCAACAUAUCGACAUGGAAGACAACGUCCAUGAGUUCACUGACAAUUUUGAUAUAACGGAAGAGCUAACAAAUGUAAUAAAAAUUUCUAAAAAACAAAUUAUUAAUCCUGUGGUGGGACAUAAAUAUGCUUAUUAUGACAUAGAUGAAUUGGAUGGAGUGUAUUACAGAUGUGACGUUCUUGAAAUUGAAAGAAAUGGAUUUGUAAGAGUAAAAUUGUUAGAUAAAGGAAAUAUAAUCAGAACAGAGCAAAAAAGGUUGUUCAAGUUACCCAAAGAAUUCAAAAAUAAACCCAGGGGACUUACUGAUGUCUACUUAGCAAAUUUUACGCCACCCCACCGUGAUGAAAAUUUCUCCGCAAAGUCAUUCUUUAAUUUGAAGAAUUUGCUUGAAAAACACGAUUACGGAAACAUGAUUAUGACGGCCGAUAUACACCUCCAAAUCGGAAAUACCCUGUGGCUAAAAAAUGUAUAUGAAGAGGUCACGUUAUCUGAAAAAGUCAUUCCCCAUUUUCAGUUGACGAGAGAAAUUUUGAUGUCAAAGUUAGCGGAAUACAAUAAUAAUCAACUUAACAAUUUAUAUAAAUUGUGCAAGGAGGCUUCGAUUUCUUUGCCUGUAUACCAAAAGGCAAACGCAGUGCCCGCCCGAGAAGAGAGGAAGAUUGAGCCGCAGUGGGCUCAUUUGGACACGGAUGUUAACGAAGUUACUUUCUCUGCAGCCAUAUCGCCAGAUGAGAUAUACGUUAGAUUAAAUAAAUUUAAUGAGCAGUUAUAUAGUUUGCAAAAAGAAAUCCAGGCAAGUUUAAAGAAAGUGAAUUAUCCUAAACUACAAAAUGUCGAGAUAGGAACCAUUUGUCUUGCGAAAGAUCCUGAAGGAUUAGAUUAUGCCAGAACAGUAGUAAAAAUUGUAGAAGAUAACAAGGCGCUGUGCUUUUUCGUAGAUUUUGGCGACGAAGCCGUCGUUGACAUCACCGAUUUGAAGUAUAUUCACAAUAAAUUCAUUACGAAACUUCCCUUUCAAAGCAUCCAGUGUAGACUGCAGGGUAUCAAACCCGUACUAGAUGAGUGGCAAAGUGACAUCAAUAACAUUUUAUAUAAAUAUGCCACAGAACCCGAUUCGGAUAUCUUUAGGUUGCUUUUCGUUAAAAUUUGCGGUAAAGAAGAAAAUAGUAUAAACCCUAGACAAAACAGGUAUUCGGUCCUGCUCAAAGAUGGAUUUGGAGAAAAAAAUGUCUUGAUAAAUACUUUAUUGGUGGAUUGCGGUGUUGCAGUACCGAAUUCGGAACAAAUAGACGAUUUUUAUAUUUCCUCCGCUCAUUCCAAUAGCGACGAAUCGGAUGAAGAAUUAGAACAUAUAAUCGAUAUAUGUAGGAAAACUAAAGAAGUUGAAGAAAAUGUACAUGUAAAUGGUGAUCAGUCAGCCGAGAAAGACUCCGUAAACGAAGAUAUGGAGCUUUUCCUCAUAAACGCUGAAGAAUUUUUCAAAUCGCUUCUUAUUGUUAACAAUGAUGUUAAAUCAGUAAGUAAUCGUGAAUUACCUCCAAUUCAAGCUGCCCCUGCAGUUGAUUAUUGUACUCCCGAGGUUUACUGGUCUCAAACAGAGAAAUAUAUCAAGAUAGAUAUUAAGUUACAUGAUACCGAUCAAUAUAACCUCAGUUUAACUAAAGGAACAAUUUUACAUUUCAAGACUGUGAAAAAUGAGAAAACAUAUAAGCUUAAUCUCAUGUUAUACCAAAAAGUAAGUUCCCUUCAGCAUACAGCUAUGGGUCCACAAAUAAGAGCAACAUUAACUAAAGCAAAUUAUGUCGAAUGGCCAAGGUUGACUUUAUCCAAGCAACGCGCAAGGAAUAUUCACUAUGAUGUUUCAACUAUAACAAUAAAAGAAGAGAAAUCUAAAAAAAUUUUGGAAUUUCCGAUAAUGUCUGAUGAAGAAGAAGAGCCCGAUAAUAACAAUAUUGACGUUAUGUAUCACGUUGUUUCAGAUAUAGACAGUGACAUGGACGCAGAUUUAGCAGAGGAUUCUGAUUAGUGACUUGUAUAAUUUCAUCUAGAAACUUAUUUAAUUUUUUUUUACGAAUUUGGAAAAUAAAAUGUAGCGUGAAACAAAAAGGAUUAGCCAGAUGCUAUUUUUUAAAUUUAUUUUUGCGUAUAAAUAAUUUCCUACUUGGAAAAAUUUGCAAUUAAAUUAUUGUUGUGGAAAAUAUAACAGGUUUUUAAAUACGAUUGAACAUUGUUCAAUUUAUUUCCAUUAAAAUUAAUUAGUACAUCAAGAAUCGACAUUGAUAUAUUGUAAUAUUUUUUAAAUGUGAUGUCAGGUAUUAAAAUUGUUAUUUUUAAAAUGUGUAUUAAAUUCUGCUCAACAUUAUAAAGUUCGUUGUAGAUAGAGAGCGCUCAUGGGCGUAGCUAGGAUUUUUGCUUGGGGUGGGCUCAGGGGUGCUGCAAGCUCUAUGGAGACCUCAAAAAAAAAAAACGCAAUCAAUGACUUACUGAUACCGAUAUAAUAUUUCAAAACCUACACACUCUUUCGUUUGAUUCUAAGAAAAAAGCGACUUACCGAUAUGAGCAAGAUGAUAUUAUUGGAUUUUGGUCAGAGAUUCUUAAGACAAAUAUAUGGGACCCAUAUUUUUUAUUUUUGCCAAGUGCUCCCCUGAAAUCUGCCU